UGUUUUGCUUCAGCAACUACACCUGACGGGAAAGACGUGUAUCUGAAGGACAUUUGGCCAACACGUGAAGAAGUUGCUAAAUUUGAAGAAGAAUUUGUGAAGCCGCAGUUCUUCAAAGAGGUAUAUGCCAACAUCGAAAAAGGAUCGGAACAAUGGCAGAAACUAGUUACGCCGUCAACCAAACUGUACCCAUGGGACAAGGAGAGCACCUACAUCAAAAAAGCACCAUUUUUUGAUGACAUGACCAUUGAUCUUCCACACCAAUCGUCCAUAUCUGAUGCUUUUGUGUUGUUGAACUUGGGUGAUUCGGUCACCACAGAUCACAUCUCGCCGGCUGGUUCCAUUUCCAAGCUUUCGCCUGCUGCUCGAUAUUUGGCCUCGAGAGGACUCUCUCCCAAGGAUUUCAACACGUACGGUGCACGCCGAGGAAAUGACGUGGUUAUGGCCUGUGGAACGUUCGCCAAUAUUCGUCUUGUGAACAAGCUCGCCUCAAAUGUAGGGCCGAAGACCCUUCAUAUACCUUCUGGACAAGAGCUGGACGUUUACGAUGCCGCCAUGAAAUAUGCCGAAGAGGGUCACCCGGUUAUCAUACUUGCUGGUAAGGAAUACGGUUGCGGAUCAUCCCGAGACUGGGCGGCCAAGGGACCUUAUUUGCAGGGAGUAAAAGCUGUUAUCGCUGAGUCAUUCGAGCGAAUUCAUCGAUCCAAUUUGAUUGGUAUGGGAAUAAUACCUCUUCAAUUUAAAAAUGGUGAAAACGCGGAGAAGCUAGGACUCUCCGGAAAAGAACAAUUCAGGCAAGGCUUAAUCAUUCAUGUGCCUGACGACCUCAAAGUUGGUCAACAUUUGCAGGUGACUGUGUCUACCGGGCAAACCUUCGAGGUCGUGUGUCGUUUCGACACUGAGGUUGAGCUCACCUACUAUCGCCAUGGUGGAGUUCUGCAGUAUAUGAUCAGAAAGCUUAUACAGUGUUAG